ACACGCAUAAACCCUUUACUCUCUCUCUCUCUCUCUCUCCUCUCUCUAGAUUUUCUAGUCAAUUUUGAUGUUAUCAAUCCCUAUUUCCUCUCUACACAACCAGUGCAAAGGAGUGUAGAGGAGUGGAAAAGACUGUUUUGUGAUAUCAUAUGGCGGGUACCUUAAGAUCGAGCUUGCCGUCGAGGUUACGACAGCUUUUAUCCGGUGAAGGGCCGAUUGGUCCGAAUGUUAAACUCGAGUCCGAGACUCCUCCAAAAGUAAAAGCAUUUAUCGACAAGGUGAUUCUGUGUCCAUUGCAAGACAUAGCAAUCCCUCUUUCGGGUUUCCGCUGGGAGUAUGACAAGGGAAAUUUUCAUCAUUGGAGGCCACUGUUCAUGCACUUUGAUACAUACUUCAAGACAUACUUGUCUGCUAGAAAGGAUCUCCUUUUGGCAGAUAAUAUCAUAGAAGAGGAUGGUCCUUUUCCAAAGCAAUCAGUUCUUCAAAUUCUGCGCGUGAUGCAAAUCAUUUUAGAGAAUUGCCACAACAAGGGUUCAUUUAGCGGUUUAGAGCAUUUCAAGCUCUUACUUGCAUCAACUGACCCAGAGGUUCUCAUUGCAACCUUGGAGACACUUUCAACAUUAGUGAAAAUAAAUCCCUCGAAACUUCAUGCUAGUGGGAAGCUGGUAGGAUGUGGUCCAAUAAACAAUUGUCUUUUGUCAUUAGCGCAAGGAUGGGGAAGCAAGGAAGAGGGUUUGGGCUUGUAUUCAUGUGUUAUUUUGAAUGAGCGAACUCAAGAUGACGGUCUAUCUUUAUUUCCUUCCGAUGUACCUACUGAUAGUGGUAAUUCUCAGAAUCGCUUGGGGUCCAGCCUGUAUUUUGAGUUUCAUGGCCCGUGUACCCAAACCGCGGGUGAAGUCGGCAAUUUGACGUCACUCCCCAGCACGACUGUCAUUCACAUUCCAGAUCUUCAUAUGUGGAAGGAGGAUGAUCUGUCUAUAUUGAAGCUAUUGGUUGAGCAGUACAAUGUACCUCCUGAGCAUAGGUUCUUGUUGCUGACAAGGGUUAGAUAUGCCCAUGCCUUCCGUUCCCCCAGAAUAUGCAGGCUGUACAGCAAGAUAUGCCUUCUUGCCUUCAUUGUCCUUGUUCAGUCUAAUGAUUCUCAUGAAGAACUUGUAUCCUUUUUUGCUAAUGAGCCAGAGUAUACAAAUGAGUUAAUAAGACUUGUGAAGUCUGAAGAGACUAUAUCUCGAACUAUUCGUACACUUGCUAUGCAUGCUCUGGGAUCUCAGCUAGCUGCAUAUUCAUCAUCUCAUGAGAGGGCACGCAUUCUGAGCGGAUUAAGCAUUAGCUUUGCAGUCGGAAACCGUGUGAUUCUCCUUAAUGUAUUGCAAAGGGCGAUUUCUUCUUUGAAUAACUCCAGUGAUCCACCAUCUAUUGCAUUCCUUGAAGCACUCCUCCAAUUUUACUUGCUUCAAGUGAUAUCAACUUCAAGUCCUGGGAGUGUUAUACGGGGAUCAGGAAUGGUUCCAACAUUUUUACCUCUCUUAGAGGAUACGGAUCCUACACACAUGCAUCUUGUCUGUUUAGCGGUGAAGACUCUGCAAAAGCUCAUGGACUACAGCAAUUCAGCAGUCACUCUUUUCCGAGACUUGGGAGGAGUUGAGCUUUUGACCAGCAGACUGCAGAUAGAAGUAGUUAGGGUGAUUGAUUCAACUACAGGAGAUGAUAGUUCAAUGAGCAUUGGAGAGUGCUCAGACACAAGUGACGAUCAGCUUUAUUCACAGAAGAGGCUCAUCACGGUUUUAUUGAAGGCACUUGGUUCUGCUAAUUAUGCUCCAGCAAACUCUACGAGAUCUCAGAGUGCUCAUGAUGUCUCCCUGCCUGACACUAUCUCAAUGAUCUUUAAGAAGGUGGAUAAAUUUGGAGGAGAUAUAUAUUCCUCGGCUGUGACUGUAAUGUGUGAAAUGAUUCACAAAGACCCCACCUGCUAUGCUGCAUUGGAUGAAGCGGGUCUUCCUGAUGCCUUUUUAUCAUCUGUGAGAGCUGGAGUUCUUCCUUCUUCAAAAUCUCUCACAUGUGUUCCCAACGGUCUUGGGGCUAUUUGUCUCAAUGCUACAGGAUUAGAAGCAGUCAGAGAAACUUCAGCAUUGAGGUUUCUGGUUGACAUUUUCACUGACAAGAAAUAUGUCCUUCCAAUGAAUGAUGGCAUUGUGCCUUUGGCAAAUGCCAUUGAGGAGCUUAUGCGUCAUGUCUCCUCACUGAGAAGCACGGGUGUAGAUUUGAUUAUUGAAAUUAUUAAUAAAAUUUCAUCAACAGAUGACAAUAAAUGUACAUUACAAUCUGGAAAAGCCAAUGGGAGUGUUAUGGAUAUGGACACUGAAGAAAAGGAAAAUGCAGGCCCUUGUUUGGUUGGUGCUACAGAUUCAACCUUGGAAGGAGUUAGUGACGAGCAUUUCAUCCAAUUAAACAUUUCUCACGUGAUGGUGUUGGUUCAUCGAACAAUGGAAAAUGCUGAAACAUGUAGGCUGUUUGUGGAAAAAGCAGGUAUUGAAGCUUUGCUGAAGCUUUUGUUACGACCAAGUAUAACUCAAUCAUCUGAAGGGAUGUCUAUUGCUUUGCAUAGCACAAUGGUUUUUAAGAGUUUUACUCAGCAUCACUCUGCUCCUUUAGCACGUGCCUUUUGUUCCUCUCUCCGGGAUUAUCUGAAGACAACUUUGGCCGCAUUCAGUGUUCUUUCAGGAUCCUUUCUGCUGGAUCCCAAAUUCACACCAGAUACAGAAGUCUUCCCUUCGCUUUUUCUUGUUGAAUUUCUUCUGUUUCUAGCUGCCUCAAAGGACAAUCGAUGGGUUACUGCAUUGCUCCAAGAAUUUGGAAAUGGUAGCAAGGAUGUACUGGAAGAUAUUGGAAGAAUUCACCGCGAGAUUUUAUGGCAGAUUGCAUUACUCGAAGAUGCUAAGUUUGAAAUUGAGGAUGCCAGUGCUGGUACUGCUGAUGAAUCACGGCUUUCAGAAUCUGAAGAGCAAAGAUUUAAUUCCUUUAGGCAGUUCCUUGAUCCUUUAAUGAGGAGAAGAAUGUCAGGAUGGAGUUUUGAGUCCCAGUUUUUUGAUCUGAUUAAUCUGUAUCGUGAUCUCACUCAUGCUUCUGGAUUUCAACAGAGGCAUAACACAGGUGGUCCUUCAGAACUGCGUCUUGGAGCCAGUCAUCGGUCACAUCCCUCUGGAUCUUCGGACAUGAUGCGGUCGCUCUCUUUGCACAUAACACAUUUGUUUCAAGAGCUAGGGAAAGCUAUGUUGCUUCCUUCUCGAAGACGAGAUGAUAUGGUGACAGUGACCCCAUCUUCAAGAUCUGUGGCUUCUACAUUUGCUUCCAUCACACUGGAUCAUAUGAAUUUUGAAGGUCAUGUAAAGCCUUUUGGAUCAGUGGCAUCCUGGUCAACGAAGUGCCGCUACCUAGGGAAGGUUGUGGAUUUUAUUGAUGGCAUUCUACUGGACAAACCUGAUUCUUGUAAUCCUGUCUUGUUGAAUUGUUUGUAUGGUCUUGGGGUUCUUCAGUCAGUUCUGACCACAUUUGAAGCUACCAGUGACCUGCUUUUCACUGUCAACAGGACUCCUACAUCUCCAAUGGAGACUGAUGAGGGAGUUUCAAAGCUCAAUGACGUAGAAGAAACAGUUCGUACGUGGAUUAAUGGUCCAUUAGCCAACUAUGGUAGACUUAUGGACCACCUUGUGACUUCCUCUUUUAUUUUGUCUCCUUCUACAAAGCAUUUGCUUGCACAGCCCCUUGUAAAUGGAGAUAUUCCCUUUCCACGGGAUCCCGAGGUUUUUGUGAAGAUCCUGCAAUCUAUGAUUCUGAAAGCUGUGCUUCCUCUCUGGACUCAUCCUCAUUUUACUGAUUGCAAUGAUGAUUUCAUUGCUACUGUGAUAUCUAUUAUCCGCCAUGUCUUUUCUGGGAUUGAAGUGAAAAGUGUAAGCAAUGUUGGAUCUCGUCCUUCUGCUCCUCCUCCGAGCGAGACAACUAUAUCCACAAUAGUUGAAAUGGGGUUUUCCAGAUCUCGAGCAGAGGAGGCCUUGAGACAAGUUGGAUCAAACAGUGUAGAGUUGGCCAUGGAAUGGCUGUUCUCACAUCCAGAGCAAGUCCAAGAAGAUGAUGAACUUGCUCGUGCACUUGCUAUGUCUCUUGGUAACUCUGCAUCUGAUGCUAAAGAUACUAUUGCAAAUGAAACUGAUCAGCAUAUUGAAGAGGAAAAUGUGCAGUUGCCUCCUGUUGAUGAAUUGUUAUCUACAUGUAAAAAGCUUUUAGAAACAAAGGAUUCUCUAGCAUUUUCAGUUCGGAACCUUCUUUUAAUGAUAUGUUCCCAGGACGAUGGUCGUUGCAGGUCCAAAGUUAUAACGUUUAUCCUGGAGCAGGUGAAGUUUUGCAGUUCCGUUGCUGAGAGUGGAAAGAAUACCAUGCUAUCUUCCCUCUUUCAUGUUCUUGCUUUGCUUCUCAAUGAGGAUAAGGACUCAAGGGAAGUUGCUUCCAAGGGUGGUCUGGUUAAAGUUGCUGCAGAUCUUUUGUCACACUGGAUCGCUGGUACACAUGAGCAUGAGGCUUUUGAAGUUCCUAAAUGGGUUACAGCAGCUUUUCUUGCUGUUGAUCGGCUUGCUCAGGUGGAUCAAAAGCUGAAUGCUGAUAUUUCAGAGCUAUUAAAGAAAGAUGAUGUUGGUAAGCAGACUGUAGUUAUAGAUGAGGACAAACCAAAUUUAGGAUUAUCCUCAAAGCAUGUUAAUAUAGAGGAGCAGAAGAGACUUGUUGAGAUAUCCUGUGGUUAUUUGAGGAAUCAGCUUUCUGCUGAAACAAUUUAUGCUGUUCUGCAGCUAUGUUCCACACUUACAAGAACUCAUUCUGUUGCUGUUAGCUUCUUAAAUGCUGGGGGCUUGCCUUUGCUGCUAUCUUUGCCUGCAGGUAGUCUGUUUGUUGGCUUUGAUAACGUUGCUGCUACUAUUAUUCGUCAUAUUCUUGAAGACCCACAGACUCUCCAGCAGGCAAUGGAAUCUGAAAUACGUCAGAGUGUUCUUACAGCUGCCAAUAGGCAGUCUAAUGGAAGACUUACACCCCGUAGCUUCCUCUUGAAUUUGACUUCUGUGAUUUCAAGGGACCCUGUGAUUUUCAUGCGGGCUGCCCAAUCUGUUUGCCAAAUUGAGAUGGUUGGUGAAAGACCGUACGUUGUAUUGCUAAAAGACCGUGAGAAGGAUAAGUCCAAAGAAAAAGAGAAGGAGAAAGAGAACGAGAAAGAAAAAACACAGACCGCCUCUGGUAAGAGUAAUACAAGCAACACAAACUCGUUGGGUCCAGGGAGUGUGAAUGGCAAACUUUCUGAGGCAAAUACCAAGCAUGCCAAAGUUCAUCGUAAACCUCCUCAGAGUUUUGUAAAUGUAGUCGAGCUGCUUUUGGCUUCAGUUGUCACUUUUGUACCUCCUGCAAAAGAUGAGGCAUUUACGGGAGAGAGCUCUUCAUUAACAGCUAUGGACAUCGAUGUUGCUUUAAACAAGGGGAAGGGGAAAGCUGUUGCCUCAGCAUCUGAAGUGAAUGAAAAUAGUGGCCAGGAAUACUUCACAUCUAUGGCAAAGGUCGUAUUCAUUUUAAAGCUCCUAACAGAGAUUCUCUUGAUGUAUGGUCCAUCUGUUCAUGUUCUGCUUCGAAGAGAUGGUGAAGUUAGCAGCUGUCGCAGCCCUGGCCAAAAGGGUCUUACUAGCCUCUGCGCUGGUGGAGUAUUCCAUCAUAUCCUUCAUCGAUUUCUUCCUUACUCAAGAAAUUCUAAAAAGGAGAAAAAAACAGAGGUCGACUGGAGGCAUAAACUAGCAGGCAGAGCUAGUCAAUUUUUGGUGGCUUCUUGUGUGCGUUCAACAGAGGCAAGGAAGAGAAUUUUUAUGGAGAUCAACAGUGUUUUUAAUGAUUUUGUUGAUUCUUCUAAAGUUCAUCGGCCACCAGGAAAUGACAUCCAAGCGUUUGUUGAUUUGCUCAGUGAUGUACUGGCUGCACGCUCACCUACAGGUUCUUCAAUUUCAGGAGAAGCUUCAGUUACGUUUCUUGAUGCUGGUCUGGUUGGCUCGCUCACACGAACCCUACAAGUGUUGGACCUGGAUCAUGCCGAGUCACUGAAGAUCAUUCCUGGGCUUGUAAAGGUCUUAGAGCUGGUGACAAAAGAACAUGUCCAUGCUGCUGAGGCUAAUACUGGAAGAGGUGAUAACACAACAAAAGCUCCUGAUCAUACUGAGCGUAGGCAAACUGAAAAUAUUGGUGAUAUAUCCGAGUCUAGAGAAACUGCAUAUUUACCUAAUGCAGGUUCUGCCCCUACAGAACGCAUCGAGUCUUUUAGUACCGUUCAAACUUAUCGUGGAUCUGAGGCUGUUACAGAUGACAUGGAACAUGAUCAGGAUAUUGAUGGAAGUUUUGCUCCUCCAAGUGAAGAUGAUUACAUGCAUGAAACUUCUGAGAACACAAGGGUUCUUGAAAAUGGUUUUGAUUCAGUGGGAAUAAGAUUUGAAAUCCAACCUGAUAUUCAAGAGAGUAUUGACGAAGACGAUGAUGAAGAAAUGUCGGGGGAUGAAGGGGAUGAAGUUGAUGAUGAAGAUGAAGAAGACGAAGAUGGAGAUGAUGAUGAAAACAAUGAUCUUGAAGAAGAUGAAGUCCAUCAUUUGCCGCAUCCGGACACAGAUCAAGAUGACCAUGAGAUUGAUGAAGAUGAUUUUGACGAGGACAUGAUCGAGGAAGAAGAUGAAGAUGACGAUGAUGAUGAUGGCAGAGUUAUACUAGGACUCGGCGAAGGAAUGAAUGGGAUAAAUGUCUUGGACCAUAUUGAGGUAUUUGGCAGAGACCAUGGUUUUUCUAAUGACACUCUCCAGGUGAUGCCUGUUGAAGUUUUUGGUUCUAGACGUCAAGGUCGUACGACAUCCAUCUAUAAUCUUCUCGGGAGAGCAGGUGACACUUCUGCUCCAUCUCAGCAUCCACUUCUGAUGGAGCCUUCACGUUCAAUUUCAUCUCGACAAGCAGAUAAUGUUCGUGAUGGGUACCCUGAGAGAAAUGCAGAGUCAACCUCUUCACGCUUAGACUCGAUAUUCCGGUCUUUGAGGAACGGGCGCCAUGGGCAGCAUGGACACCGUCUAAGCAUGUGGGCUGAUGACCAGCAAAGUGGUGGAUCAAACGCAUCUAGCAUUCCCUCAGGCCUUGAAGACUUGUUGGUUUCUCAUUUGAGACCCCCAACGUCAGGGAAGGCGUCUGGUCAUGACACAAUAGUGGAGGUUCAAACUAACAAUGAGACUGGUCAGCUUCAAACAUCAGCUGGAUUGGUACCUGAAGCCACCACAGAGGACAAUGGUAAUAACAAUCCCAUUCCUAUAUCAUUGAAUAGCUCUCAAGAUUCUGAAAGCACUCCCACAGUAGACGAAUCUCGACGAGGCUCAGGUGCAUUCGGUGCACAUCCUCAAUCUGUUGAUAUGCAGUCUGAACACAAUUCUGUUUUGCGGGAUGUUGAAGCUGUGAGCCAAGAAAGCAGUGAAAGUGGAGCUACAUUAGGAGAAAGUCUUCGGAGUCUGGAUGUUGAGAUUGGAAGUGCUGACGGCCAUGAUGAUGGUUGUGAAAGACAAGGUCCUGCUGAUUCUCGAUCAAGAAGAGCAAAUGUAUCACUUGGGAAUACGACGUCAGUAAGCGAGAGAGAAGCAUCUCUUCAUAGCGUGACUGAGGUUUCGGAAAAUCCUAGUCAAGAAACAGAGCAAGGUGAUACUGCUCAGGAUGCAGAACAUGAUGGUGGUUCUGGUUCUGCACAGAUUGACCCUGCAUUCCUGGAUGCACUUCCUGAGGAGUUACGUGCCGAGGUUGUUUCCGGUCGACAGGGUCCAGUGACACAGCCUUCAAAUACUGAACCACAAAAUGGAGGAGACAUUGACCCUGAAUUCCUUGCCGCACUUCCACCAGACAUCCGAGCAGAAGUUUUAGCACAGCAGCAGGCACAGGGAGCACAGCGGUCACAAGAAUUGGAAGGUCAACCUGUGGAGAUGGAUACUGUAUCAAUAAUUGCUACAUUUCCUUCAGAAAUACGGGAAGAGGUUCUUUUAACAUCAUCUGAUGCCGUUCUUUCUAAUCUUACACCUGCUCUUGUUGCGGAAGCUAACAUGCUGCGAGAGAGGUUUGCUCGUCGCUACAAUCGAACGCUUUUUGGUAUGUUUCCCAGAAGUAGAAGGGGCGAGUCAUCUAGAAGAGGUGAAGGAAUUGGAUCGAGUUUGGAUAGAGCUAGUGGGGCCGCCACUACUCGUAGGUCAACUGGAAGUAAGCCCAUUGAAACUGAUGGAGCUCCUUUAGUUGACACAGAAGAUCUUAGAGCGAUGAUUCGGCUGCUUCGAGUAGUUCAGCCGCUAUAUAAACCUCAGCUACAGAGACUGCUCUUGAAUUUAUGUGCUCACGUUGACACUAGAUCUGCUAUAAUAAAAAUAUUGAUGGACCUAUUGGUCCUUGAUACAAGAAGGCCCAGUAGUGACUUGGAUGCUUCUGAACCCUCAUAUAGGCUUUAUGCUUGCCAGAGUAAUCUGAUGUAUUCUCGUGCUCAAAGUUUUGAUGGUGUACCGCCAUUGGUGUCGCGGCGUGUUUUAGAAACUCUAACAUAUCUGGCCAGGAAUCAUAAAUUUGUUGCAAAAUUUUUGCUUCAGUUUAGAAUCCGUCCAGCAGCUAUUGAGGAGUCGCAAAGUCUUGAUCAGGCUCGUGGCAAAGCUGUCAUGAUUGUUCAUGAUGAUGAAACAGAAAAGCAGCAGUAUCGAGAGGGUUUGUUGGCCAUAACAUUGCUGUUGAGCCUCUUGAAACAACCACUUUAUUUGAGAAGUAUUGCACAUCUUGAGCAGUUGCUAAACUUAUUAGAUGUCAUCAUUGAUAAUGCUGAAAGUAAGCAAGGGUUGGUUGAGCAUGGGGAAUCUCUUACUGAAGAAACUGCUCAGAUGUCAACGUUAGAUGCUGACAUUAAUGCAGGGGCUGCUGGGUCUGGCUCUGGCUCUGGAUCUGGCUCUGAUGCUAAACCAUCCAAGGUUGAUGAUGCCCCUAAACCCUUAUCCUCAGGUGCUAACAGAGAAAAUGAAUCUCAUAAUAUUCUGCUAAACUUGCCACAACCAGAACUACGUCUUCUGUGCUCAUUGCUUGCAUGUGAAAGUUUGUCAGACAAUGCUUAUGCUCUUGUGGCUGAUAUAUUGAAGAAGUUGGUUGCUAUCGCUCCUUCUCAUUGUCAUUUAUUCAUAACUGAGCUAGCUGGUUCUAUGAAGAACUUGACGACAUUGGCAAUUGAUGAAUUGCAUGUGUUCGGGGAGAUGGAGAAAGCACUGAUCAGUACAUCUGGUUCAGAUGGAGCAGCAAUCCUAAGGGUUAUACAAGCAUUAAGUUCACUCGUAGCUUCACUUAAUCAAGAGAAAGAACAGACACUUCUUGAAAAGGAGCAAGCUGCUACCCUUUCUCUGGUAAAUGACAUAAAUGUUGCUUUGGAGCCAUUAUGGAUGGAAUUGAGCACAUGUAUUAGCAAAAUAGAGAGCUACACAGAUACUACACCUGAUGUAUCUGCUUCGUCAAUUAUCUUAACGUCAAGACCUUCUGGUGCAUUGCCUCCACUUCCAGCUGGUACUCAGAACAUCUUGCCAUAUAUAGAAUCCUUUUUUGUAAUGUGUGAGAAGCUGCAUUUUGGGCAAUCAGGUGCAGCGCAGGACUUUGGUGUGGCUGCAGUGCCUAGCACUGACGAUGUCAGCACUUCUGACAACCAGCAGAAAACUUUAGGGGCUUGCGCAAAAGUUGAUGAAAAGAAUGUAGCUUUUGUGAAGUUCUCAGAGAAGCACAGGAAACUUCUCAAUGCUUUUAUCCGACAAAACCCGGGAUUGCUUGAAAAGUCCUUCUCAGUUAUGUUGAAGGUCCCUCGUUUUAUUGAUUUUGACAAUAAGCGAUCAUAUUUCAGAUCGAAAAUUAAGCAUCAACAUGAUCAUCAUCACAGUGCUGUGAGAAUAUCUGUUAGACGAGCAUACAUACUUGAAGAUUCAUAUAAUCAGUUGCGAAUGAGGUCUACACAAGAUCUAAAGGGUAGGCUGACUGUUCACUUCCAGGGGGAAGAAGGUAUUGAUGCAGGUGGACUUACCAGGGAAUGGUAUCAACUAUUAUCGAGGGUUAUUUUUGACAAGGGAGCUUUGCUUUUCACAACUGUUGGUAACGAGUCAACUUUUCAGCCAAAUCCAAAUUCUGUUUAUCAGACAGAACACCUCUCAUACUUCAAAUUUGUUGGUAGAGUUGUUGGGAAAGCACUUUUUGAUGGUCAGUUGCUUGAUGUUCAUUUCACAAGAUCUUUCUACAAGCAUAUACUUGGGGCUAAAGUAACCUACCACGACAUCGAAGCAAUUGAUCCAGGUUUUUUCAGAAACUUGAAAUGGAUGCUUGAGAAUGAUAAUAGCGAUAAUUUAGAUCUAACAUUUAGUAUUGAUGCCGAUGAAGAGAAGCUGAUCUUAUGUGAAAGAGCAGAAGUAACCGACUAUGAACUGAUCCCUGGUGGAAGAAAUAUUCGAGUUACGGAGGAAAACAAACAUGAAUAUGUUGAUCUAAUUGCUGAGCAUCGGUUAACCACUGCUAUUCGCCCUCAGAUAAAUGCAUUUUUGGAAGGUUUUAAUGAAUUGAUUCCUCGGGAUUUCAUAUCCAUCUUUCACGAUAAGGAAUUGGAAUUGUUGAUAAGCGGACUUCCAGAUAUUGAUUUGGAUGACAUGAGGGUGAAUACCGAGUAUUCUGGGUACAGUGCUGCAUCUCCAGUUAUUCAAUGGUUUUGGGAGGUUGCUCAAGGCUUCAGCAAAGAAGACAAGGCUCGUCUUUUGCAAUUUGUUACUGGCACCUCAAAGGUGCCUUUAGAAGGGUUCAGUGCUUUGCAAGGCAUCUCUGGAUCCCAAAAGUUUCAGAUUCAUAAGGCAUAUGGAAGCGCUGACCGUUUGCCCUCUGCUCAUACCUGUUUCAAUCAGUUGGAUCUGCCUGAAUAUCCAUCCAAGCAACAUUUGGAGGAGAGGCUGCUGCUUGCAAUUCAUGAAGCCAAUGAAGGAUUUGGUUUCGGUUAAGAGUAGAAAGAAAAAUGUUGAAAGUGAUGAAUGUAUAUAUAUAUAUAUAAUAUAUAUAUAUAUUUAUGUCACGGUCACAGGCAUAACCCUUUAAAGCUCAGGUGAACAACAUAUAUAUAUAUAUACACUGUACAGUUUGAGUUAUAAUUAACCCGGCAUUUUCUUUUUCUUGCCAAUUUUUUCGACUUAUAUUCUUUUACUUUUGGCUUUUGUCGAAAAUGCCGUGCCAGAGGGUGUUCCAAUGUGAUAUAUGGAACAGGGUUCCCAAAGUUUUUGGAGUCCGAUAUACAUGUUUAGUCUUUACUCGGUUAUAUGUGUUUAACCUCUAGCCCAA